UUCACAGAUUCCCCUCCAAAACCAAAUAAAUAAGAAUAAUAAUAAAAGAAAAAAAGAGAAAAAAAAUAAAUCGGCAACAACAAUUGCAAGUUGCAUCUACAUAUCUAUAUAAUCUUCGUUUGCUGCAAUUUUUGAGGGUGCGUUGGUGAUUUGAAUAAAUCAUGUGGGGCACAAUUGCCAAUUUGAAGGAGAACUUGAACAAGAUCGCCCUCGACGUUCAUGACGACGACGACGACGAUGCAAUGCUUCGAAUGUACGGCGGCGGCGACGGAGACAAUUCCGCCGUCUCCGAUCGCCGGAAUUCUCACGGCUUCGCCCAUUCCAAAUCUGGAAUUAGGUCGCCACUCUCAAACGGCAUCGAUCAUGCUUCUCCUUCUGAGAUAGAACAAUACAAAGCAGAAAUCAAGAGACUUCAAGCAUCUGAGGCUGAAAUUAAAGCAUUGUCAGUUAAUUACGCAGCUCUAUUAAAAGAAAAAGAAGAUCAGAUUGUUAGAUUGAAUAAAGAAACUGGAUCACUAAAGCAGAAUUUGGAGGCUACAAAUGCUGCUUUGAGUGUCUCCAGAAUUGAAGGUUCUGGAGCAUCUAAAAAUGGUAUCUAUUCAGUCAAGGGAAGUAGUGAUCAAUCACCCAAUCGACAGCAUAAGUUCACAACGCAACUGAAAAAUCAUUAUGCUAUAAACAAUGGAACCAUGUCUGCUUUGGAUUCUGAUGCUAUUCAAAGUAAGACAGAAAUUGAAUAUUCAAAUUUACAAGGAAAGUACAAGGAGCUUGCAGAUUUGGUGGAUGGAGAAAAUAGGCCUAUAGUAGCUACACAACAUACACCAGAUAUAAGAAAGUUGAAGUUGGAACUAGAGCAAGAACACGAUCAAUUGGCAAACAUUCAGCUAAAGUUCCAAGAGGAACAGAAAUUGAGCAAGUCUUUCCAGGAGGAGCUUAAAAUAUUAAAGUCAGAAAGAGACAAAACAUUGAAGGAGAUGGCCAAAAUACGUAAUGAAUUGAAUGAGAAAGUAUCAGAAGUAAAGCGUCUGCAAUCUGAGUUGACUGGACGGGAAAACAAAGAAGCAGCUGAGGAUGUGGAUAGCUUGAAAAGACUUAUCAAAACCUUAGAGAAGGAAAACACCACUCUUAAGAUGGAAAAUAAUGAAAUUGAGGCUGCUCUUGAAAAAAGCAGGAAGUCUUUCACAGAUAAAAUGUUGUCUGAUGCUUCUCAGAUUCAGAAAAAGGAUUCAAGCAGUAUCAGUGAUAUGCCAGAUCAUUCCAAGAGUUUUCCAGGAAAGGAAGAAAUGGAAAGAUCAUUAGAGAAGCUAAGUAAAGAUUUGAAGGAGACACAGCGGGACAGGGACAAAGCAGUACAAGAAUUGAGUCGGCUGAAACAGCAUCUACUAGAAAAGGAAUUAGAAGAAUCAGAAAAAAUGGAUGAGGACAGCAAAGUCAUUGAAGAGCUACGUGAUAGAAAUAAUUAUUUAAGGGCUCAGAUAUCACAUUUUGAGAAAACACUAAAGCAAGCAAUUGCAAGUCAGGAGGAACUGAAGAUGGCAAACAACAACGAAAUUCUCAAGUUGAGGGAAAUCAUUGAUGACCUGAACAAGAAGCUUACAAACAGUAUGGGCACAAUAGAUGCUAAGAAUAUUGAACUUUUAAAUCUACAGACAGCUCUUGGACAAUACUAUGCUGAAAUUGAAGCCAAGGAACAUUUAGAAGGGGAGGUGGCUCGUGCAAGAGAAGAAACAGCUAAGCUUUCUCAACUGUUGAAAGAUGCAGAUCACAGAGCAGAUGUAUUAAGGGUUGAAAGAGAAGAAAUUUUAUCCAAGCUUUCACAAUCUGAAAAAGCACAAACUGAAUGGAGAAGUAGAGUAAGUAAGCUUGAGGAAGACAAUGCCAAAUUGAGGCGAGCUCUUGAGCAGAGUAUGACACGGCUAAAUAGAAUGUCAGUGGAUUCAGAUUAUCUAGUUGACAGGCGCAUUGUGAUAAAAUUACUUGUAACUUAUUUCCAGAGAAAUCACAGCAGAGAGGUUUUGGAUCUUAUGGUUCGCAUGCUAGGAUUCUCUGAUGAGGAUAAGCAAAGGAUAGGUGUUGCUCAACAAGGUGCAGGCAAAGGUGUUGUUCGUGGAGUUCUUGGGCUGCCUGGCCGCCUGGUUGGAGGCAUUUUGGGAGGAAGUUCGACUGAAGCAGCUUCAAAUGCGGGAUCUGAUAACCAGUCCUUUGCAGAUCUGUGGGUUGAUUUUCUUAUGGAAACGGAAGAAAGAGAGAAGAGAGAAUCAACAGGAAAUACAGGUAAAGCUACUGAAGAUUCACAUGAUAAAAGUCCAAAUACAAUUUCUGCUGCUGCACCAUUUUCCAAUCAGAGAUUUAGCACUGGAACCGCAUCUGCAUCUGCUUUUCCAAGUACCUCAACUAAUCAAAACAUCAGUCCUCCCCCUCGUCGCUAUUUUCGGCAUUCUGAACAUUUUGGUUCUGAGUUCUCAACAGUUCCUCUUACAUCAUCUGAUGGCAAAACUACUGGUUCAAACCCGCUUCCUAGACACUAAAUAUACAUUGGAUUAUGGAAUUGAUCAAAGGUAUAUAUAAUUGUUUGUUAAAUUGUAGGCAUGCAAUCUUGUUCAAUUAAUUCUUUCACAUUCAAAAUGAGUGUAUUUUUCACAAAAGGAGGAAGGGGAACUGCGAAAAUCUUUUCGUUCCAUUACUUGUCAUCUCGUGUGGUUCAC